AGUUAGCUAGUUGUGCCUCGUAUUUUAAUUUAGUUCAUUUCACACAGCGACAAAAAUGCCAACACUGUGUUCAGCAUACAACUGCAAAAAUCGCGGUCCCAAAGCUGAUGUAGGAUUUUUUAGUUUCCCCAAAAAUGACCCUGAAAGACGCAAGCGAUGGAUUAUUAAUAUGAAGUGGAAAGACUGGAAUCCGCAACACCACCACCGUGUGUGCUCCAUUCACUUUGAAGACAAGUACAUUUGCCGGAUGGACAAACGUCAACGUCUCACGCCAGACGCAGUCCCGACCAUUUUUGACUUCCCAGAGAACUUUCAAAAGAAGAAGGCAUCCAUCCAUCCACAGAGUAGAAGAGCCAGGAGUGAUGGGUUGCCAGAGAAGUAUACUGCUGCCCAUGCUGUUACAGUGGCUGAACCGGUCACAACACCAAGCCCCACCAUCACAUCAGAGACAAGCAAGCCGGCUAAAGACAAUGCUAAAGCUCCAGAAAAAGUUACCUCUUCAAGUUGGUAUAUCCAUGUAGAUGAAGAAAUCCAAAUGGCUGAAUCCCUCCCAGGUUUCUUCCACAGUGAUUACUGUCUACCACACAGUAUUCGCUGGGGAUUCAAAGAUGAUGUUGCCCCGAAGGUGGCAUGUGAGAACAUGGAGUUCCAACUUCCACCUCUCAAGCACAUAAUAGAGAUCACAGAGGCAUGGGAGUGGCUGGGUAUGGACAUUAGAGGGCCACUGCCCCUAACACCGAACGGACACCAGUACGUUCUGACCUUGACAGACUUCUACUCCAAAUGGGUGGAGGCCUUCCCCCUGAGAGGUUGUAGCUCUACUGAGGUAGCACAGCAUGUAGCUGAAGUUAUCUCUCACUUUGGCUUCCCUUUUGGAAUCCUUGUUCGACUAAAGAGGAAGUUUACCAGUAAGAUCAACCUUGCCUUAAACAGUCAUCUGAAGCUGAGGGGGUUUUCUCUCUUAUACCGUCAUCGGCAAGUUGGAUCACUGGAUCUGGCCACACAGACCCUGAUCAGCAGGAUGGUGUCUGAUCUUGUGAAUGACCAUCCAUACAACUGGGAUGUCUGCCUCCCUGCAAAGGUGUUCAGCCUGUGUUUCAAGGAGCACCCCAAGACCAAGCAGAGACCUUUCUCUCUGCUGUGCUGCAAAGGACCACAGCCGGUCAAAACCCCUAGGGAUCUGUCUUUCAGUCCUGCAGAGCUCAGAGAGAGUUCCUUUGCAAUCCAGUCAAAUCAAGAGGGUGGGCAUGACACUGAUCCGCAAAACAUGGUUGGCAUUGAAUCUGGAAAGGAAACCACUGGAAAGAGCACUAUUACCAGGGUCUCCUUUUUAAGGAGCAACACUGAGAGUAACACCACUGACGGUAACACAUAUGGUGAUGCACGGAGUAGCACGGACGGUAACCCCGACGGUAGCACGGACGUAACCCCGACGGUAGCACGGACGGUAACCCCGACGGUAGCACGGACGACCCCGGGUACGGACCCCGACGGUAGCACGGACGGGUAA